GAUGGCGACCGCGCCUAUGAAUGGUGCCUCCGCAAUCCCCUCUGGCCCCCGCAACCCGUCCACCCCACCUCCCUCGCCGCCCUCCGCGCAGGCCACCUCACCUUUCUCAAACCUGAUAACUACACCGGCGAUCUCCUCCCCCUUCCCGACCGCCAUCCCGGCACCUGGAAGGCCCGCACCUGGGGCGACGGUGCCGACGCGAGCUUGCUGACCACCCUGCCGAUCUUCUCCGCGAUGAACGACUCGCCCGCGCGCACGGGAAUCCCGAAGACCAUCUACUUCGAGCUGAAGCUCCUCGCGAUGGGGCGGGGUGGGGGGAGCGCGGGCGAGGAGGCCGAUGCCAGCGUGUCGAUUGGCUACGUCGCGGCACCGUAUCCGACGUGGCGGCAGCCAGGGUGGCAGCGGGGCAGCCUGGCGGUGCACGGGGACGACGGGCGGCGGUUCGUGAACGAUACGUUUGGGGGGACGGAUUUUACGACGAUGUUCCGCACGGGGGAGACGGUGGGGAUAGGGAUGCGGUUUGGGAGGCCGGGGCGGCCGCCGGGGUAUGGGGAGGGGGAGGGGCUGGUGCAGGCGUUGGAUGAUGUGAGGGUCUUUUUUACGCGGGAGGGAAGGGAGGUGGGGGGGUGGGAUUUGCAUGAAGAGAUGGAUGAGAGGGCGGAGGGGGGGGUGGCGGGGUUGGAGGGGAAUUAUGAUCUAUUUCCGGCGGUGGGGGUGUAUGGGGGGGUGGAUUUUGAGGUGAGGUUUAAUCCGGCGGAUUGGAUGUAUCAUCCGUGA